CUUUCCUCCCCAGGCCCGCCCGCUAAGAUGAUCACCUACAGCUGCAUUGCUAACGGCCGAGUGGUCCUAGCGGAGCUGGCCCUCACCGGUGGCUCCUAUCAGGAAGCAGCAGCAACAGUGCUUCGACUAGUGCUUCUUAGAGCUGAACCAAAGACCAUAACUCAAAUGGGAAGCUAUGUCUACCAUACUCUCUUUAUUGAUGGAAUCACUUACUUAUGUGCUACAGACAAUGCCUUUGAUUCUGUGGCACCAUCAGCAUUUCUUAAAAAAGUUAGUGAUACUUUUGUGAAAAACUCUUGA